CCACAAAUGGGCCAAUCGCCUAUGCUGUUGUUGGCAGGGUUGCGCCUAAUGAGAACGCGGCCGUUGUGGCGGCGGGAAGAGUAGCCGUUUGGAAGUGCUGCACUAUGUCCCAGAUAAAAACAGAAGAUGAACUGAUGCUUUUUGAAAGAGAAAUAAAAGAGUUUUGGACCAAGUUCAAAAGUAUCUGUGGUUGUGAACAGAUCAAUCAGACUCUUGUACUAAGAGAUUCCUGCAAAGAGUCCAUAAAAACAUUUUCAGAGAAAUGGUCCAGAAAAUUAAAAGAAGGUGAUUUGAUGAUUGCUAAGAUUCAAGAGUACGCAGCUGAAAUCCUUCAGGAGAACAAAUGCAUUGCAGAAAAACAAGAAAACUUGGCACAAACAAAAUCCAAAAUUAAACAGGAAGAAGAACAAAGGAAAGACUUGAUGGAGAGCAUCAGAUUACUCAAGGAAGAGUUGAUUAGAAAAAAGGAAAUUUUGUCCUCUAAAAACAAGGCCACUAAGGAGAGGGUGGAAAGACUCUGUAAAUCUAAAGCACUGUUUGAAGAGCGGCUUGCAUUAGAAAUACGCAGAAUUCAUGAUGAACAGUUGCAGUUCAUAUUCCGAUGCAUUGACCACAAAGAUCCUGACAAGCCUUUCAUAUUCACUCUUUCCAUAAAUGAUCAGGGAGAAUAUGAAGUGGUAUCCUGUUCUCCUCCUCUGGACUGCAUGGCAGACCUCCAGUUAAAAGUGAGAGAAACCAACAACUUCUCUGCAUUUGUUGCUAAUGUCAGAAAAGCUUUCACAGCUUUAUCAUAUAAGUAAUCUGUAACAGUAUAUAUGUGCAAAACUGGCUUUAUCUCUCUCUUCCUGUCCCUGGGAGCAUUCACAAUUUUUUUCCUGUUUCCAUUAACCUGAAAGGAGAGCAAAGAUACUUAUACAUGGUUUUUAAUAUUCUCUUUUCUAAAUAAAGAAAAAAAUGUUUUUGUAAAUUAUCCUUA